AAUGCUGUGGAGGGUCGACACGAGCCUUGUCUCGUGAGGACUGAUGAGUAGCAGGUGUCUGCUUGCUACAUUAAAAAUGCCCAGGAAGGAGCAGGCUGUUUUUCUGAGCAUGGCUGAUGAAGCCUCUGUUGCUUUUGACCAAUUAGUGUGGCCACGGAGGGCUAAGUGACCUGGUUUACAGCUACCAUUAGAAUCACAAGCUGUAGGACUCUCACGGAUGGCACAAAACAGAAAAGGGAGCGGAAGAAGACGGUGUCUUUCAGCAGUAUGCCUACGGAGAAGAAGAUCAGCAGUGCUAGUGACUGUAUCAACUCAAUGGUGGAGGGUUCAGAACUCAAAAAGGUCCGCUCCAACUCUAGAAUAUACCAUAGGUAUUUUUUACUAGAUGCUGACAUGCAAAGCCUGAGGUGGGAGCCAUCUAAGAAGGAUUCUGAGAAAGCCAAGAUUGAUAUUAAAUCCAUCAAGGAAGUGAGAACAGGAAAGAAUACAGACAUAUUUCGUAGCAAUGGCAUUUCAGACCAGAUAUCUGAAGAUUGUGCAUUUUCAGUCAUAUAUGGAGAGAAUUACGAGUCACUUGAUUUGGUUGCCAACUCUGCAGAUAUUGCAAACAUCUGGGUUACAGGACUUCGGUACCUAAUUUCUUAUGGAAAACAUACGCUCGAUAUGUUAGAAAGUAGCCAAGACAACAUGAGGACUUCUUGGGUUUCACAAAUGUUUAGUGAAAUUGAUGUAGAUAGUAUUGGACAUAUAACUCUGUGUAAUGCUGUGCAGUGUAUCAGAAACCUCAAUCCUGGUUUGAAAAUAAGCAAAAUUGAGCUUAAGUUCAAAGAAUUGCAUAAAUCCAAGGACAAAGCUGGUACAGAAGUCACAAAGGAAGAAUUUAUUGAAGUUUUCCAUGAGCUUUGUACUAGACCUGAAAUUUAUUUCCUUUUAGUUCAGUUUUCAAGCAAUAAAGAAUUCCUUGAUACUAAGGAUCUUAUGAUGUUUCUGGAGGCAGAACAGGGUGUGGCACAUAUAAAUGAGGAGAUAAGCCUUGAAAUUAUUCACAAAUAUGAGCCAUCCAAGGAAGGCCAGGAAAAGGGCUGGCUGUCCAUAGAUGGAUUCACUAACUACCUUAUGUCACCUGACUGUUACAUAUUUGAUCCAGAACAUAAGAAAGUUUGUCAGGAUAUGAAACAACCUCUUUCUCAUUACUUUAUAAACUCAUCUCACAACACAUACUUAAUAGAGGAUCAGUUCCGAGGUCCUUCUGACAUCACAGGAUAUAUCCGAGCUCUUAAAAUGGGUUGCCGGAGUGUUGAAUUGGAUGUAUGGGAUGGGCCAGAUAAUGAACCUGUAAUCUACACAGGCCACACCAUGACCUCUCAGAUAGUCUUCCGCAGUGUCAUUGAUAUUAUUAAUAAGUAUGCAUUCUUUGCUUCAGAGUAUCCUUUAAUCUUAUGCUUAGAAAAUCACUGUUCUAUCAAACAACAAAAAGUAAUGGUUCAACACAUGAAGAAAAUUUUAGGAGACAAGCUCUAUACAACAUCACCCAAUGUUGAGGAAUCUUAUCUGCCAUCCCCGGAUGUCCUGAAAGGGAAAAUACUAAUUAAAGCAAAGAAGCUAUCCUCCAAUUGCUCUGGAGUAGAAGGAGAUGUCACUGAUGAGGAUGAAGGAGCAGAAAUGUCUCAGAGGAUGGGAAAAGAGAAUGUGGAGCAGCCCAACAGUGUGCCCGUGAAGCGAUUUCAGCUUUGCAAAGAACUCUCUGAACUGGUCAGCAUCUGUAAGUCAGUUCAGUUCAAGGAAUUUCAGGUGUCAUUUCAGGUCCAGAAGUACUGGGAAGUCUGCUCCUUUAAUGAAGUGCUAGCCAGCAAAUAUGCCAAUGAAAAUCCAGGAGACUUUGUGAAUUACAACAAGCGUUUUCUUGCUCGGGUCUUUCCUAGUCCAAUGAGAAUUGACUCUAGUAACAUGAACCCUCAAGAUUUUUGGAAAUGUGGCUGUCAGAUUGUGGCCAUGAACUUCCAGACACCAGGGCUUAUGAUGGACCUCAAUAUUGGCUGGUUUAGGCAGAAUGGAAACUGUGGCUAUGUCCUUCGGCCCGCCAUCAUGAGGGAGGAAGUCUCUUUUUUCAGUGCCAAUACAAAAGACUCUGUCCCCGGAGUCUCACCUCAGCUUCUUCACAUCAAAAUCAUCAGUGGGCAGAACUUUCCCAAGCCCAAAGGCUCGGGAGCCAAAGGCGACGUGGUGGAUCCCUACAUCUAUGUGGAAAUCCACGGGAUCCCUGCUGACUGUGCAGAACAGAGGACAAAAACAGUGCACCAGAACGGAGAUGCCCCCAUUUUUGAUGAAAGCUUUGAAUUUCAAAUCAAUCUGCCUGAGCUGGCCAUGGUGCGCUUUGUAGUGCUCGAUGACGAUUACAUUGGGGAUGAAUUUAUCGGUCAGUACACGAUCCCCUUUGAGUGUUUGCAGACAGGCUACCGCCACGUCCCCCUGCAGUCUUUGACGGGAGAAGUUCUCGCACACGCUUCUUUGUUUGUCCAUGUGGCUAUUACUAACCGAAGAGGAGGAGGAAAGCCUCAUAAGAGGGGCCUUUCUGUGCGAAAAGGGAAGAAAUCCAGGGAGUAUGCAUCUUUGAGAACAUUGUGGAUUAAAACUGUGGAUGAAGUGUUCAAGAAUGCCCAGCCCCUGAUUCGGGAUGCCACAGACCUGAGAGAGAACAUGCAGAACGCAGUGGUGUCAUUCAAGGAGCUGUGUGGCCUCUCCUCAGUGGCCAAUCUCAUGCAGUGCGUAUUGGCAGUAUCUCCCCGCUUCCUGGGGCCUGAUAACACACCCCUGGUGGUCUUGAACCUCAGCGAGUCGUAUCCCACAAUGGAGCUGCAGGGAAUUGUGCCAGAGGUUCUGAAGAAAAUCGUGACAACUUAUGACAUGAUGAUUCAGUCCCUCAAGGCGCUGAUUGAGAAUGCAGAUGCUGUGUAUGAAAAGAUCGUGCAUUGUCAGAAGGCAGCCAUGGAAUUCCACGAACAUUUGCACAGCAUAGGCACCAAAGAGGGCCUGAAGGAGCGAAAACUACAAAAAGCAGUGGAGAGCUUUACCUGGAAUAUUACCAUCCUAAAGGGACAAGCAGAUCUUUUGAAAUAUGCUAAGAACGAGACAUUGGAGAACCUGAAACAAAUCCAUUAUGCUGCUGUUUCGUGUGGACUGAAUAAGCCAGGCACUGAAAACACCGAAGCCCAGAGGCCACGCCGGAGCCUUGAAGUCAUACCUGAAAGAGCAAACGAUGAAACUGGAGAAUAGGGGCACCUUCUGUACGUCGUUAUGGAGUUUAUAACUCUAGGACCAAUGGUAGUCAAAUGAGACAUUUGCUUUGCACUCGUUACUGAGAUUAAUAUUUGGGAUUUUAAAGCACAACUGGAAUAGCUAAUUACAGUGUAUGAAAACUGUGAAUGUAUGUAGCAAUCCUGUGUGUAAAGGCAAAUAAACUGUUUAACAAGAAGUUAUAUUCCUGGAAAAACAUGCUAUAUUUGUAUACAGAAACCUCCUAACUCAGUUCUGGUAUGAAGAACAGAUUAGUCACUUUAGUUCCAUUGAGAAACAGAUAUUUUCCUAAGUGAAAAUAAUUUCUUAAGAUUGAAAAUGAUUGGACUGUCAAAUCCUAUUUAUUGGUGAUAAGACCUUAUCUGCUCAUUUUAUAUAUGUGUGGUUGCCAAAGUCUCUGGGUUAGGGAUGAUUUUGGUGUCAUGCUUGCUGAGCCAUAAUUAUGAGGAGAACUCUGAGGACAGGUUUCCUGAGCCCUGGGAACCUUGGUAAGCCUUUGAGGAGGAGGAGGACAAUGUGCAAUUGGACUGAAGCUCCCUGGGCAAAGACUUGUUUCAGCACAUGGGGAGGUGGAAGGCACAACAGCGACAACCUGGAAGUGAUGCCUUGUAAAUAGUUUUUCAUUGUAUGGAGUAGUGUUCACAUUAAAGAGAUGUUUUAUGAUACUUCUCCA